AAACUUUUCCAUUCUGAAUUCUCCUCCAACCUUCCAAAACCGCCUCUCUCCUCUCCUCUUCUCCUCUUAACAUUUUACAACCUCCGCCGUCUAUGGCGGUCGGAAUUUCCAUUGCGGCCACCUCUCGAACCGUCUACAACUGCCAGUUCUCAUUGGUCCGCCCCGCUACUCACUGCGCUUCCCCGCCGAGUUUACUGUUUAGUCCUUUAAGUCGGCGAUUUCGCGGUCUGAGCUCUCGAAGAAAACCUAGCCUGACUGUCUGCUUCGUUCUGGAAGAUGAGAAAUUAGAGUCCGGAGUUGAAAUUCGGGCCGAGGAGAUUGAGAAGGCGAUAGAGAAGCAGAUCUCGGCUUCUCGUUUGGCCGAGAAAUUGGCCAGGAAAAGAUCGGAGCGCUUCACUUAUCUCGUCGCCGCCGUGAUGUCCAGCUUGGGGAUUACGUCCAUGGCGGUUCUCGCCGUUUAUUACAGAUUUGCUUGGCAAAUGGAGGGAGGGGAAGUUCCAUAUACUGAGAUGUUCGGGACAUUUGCUCUCUCCGUCGGAGCCGCGGUGGGAAUGGAAUUCUGGGCCAGAUGGGCUCACAGAGCGCUAUGGCACGCUUCGUUGUGGCACAUGCACGAGUCUCACCACAAACCAAGAGAAGGACCGUUCGAGCUCAACGAUGUUUUCGCCAUAACUAACGCUGUCCCUGCCAUCGCUCUCCUCUCCUACGGUUUCUUCCACAAAGGUCUCGUUCCUGGCCUCUGCUUCGGAGCUGGGCUUGGAAUCACAGUGUUCGGGAUGGCCUACAUGUUCGUCCACGAUGGCCUCGUUCACAAGCGAUUCCCCGUGGGGCCCAUCGCCGACGUGCCUUAUUUUAGGAGAGUGGCUGCGGCACACCAGCUUCACCAUACCGACAAGUUCAACGGUGUCCCAUAUGGCUUGUUUUUAGGACCCAAGGAAUUGGAAGAAGUUGGAGGGCUAAACGACUUGGAGGUCGAAGUCAACAGAAGAAUCAAGAGUAAGGGACGAUAAUGAUCAUAACAUGCAUCCCAAGCUAAGGGGGGUUUUGAGGCAUAAAAUCUUUAUGUAUUCAUAAUGUAGAGGAAAAGAAAAAAAGAAAAACGUUAUUAAUGAAAUGAUCUCCUACUUUUUGCCUCCAAAA